UUUGUUUCCAGCUUUGACCUGCAGUCGACGUGGGAAACAAUUCAGAGACGAAUCAAAGGAGAAAGACAAGUGCACCGUCAUCUCUAAUCACGGGAACAAUGUCUCCUCUGUCUGACUGUGAGGACUUACCUGUCAGUUACGGCUCUAGAGACUCCAUCCUCAGCCACGGGCGCAGCUGGAGGUGGCGGAACAGAAGGAACGGGAGGGAGAGUCUCGGUGCAGAUAGGAGCAGUGCCGGCAGCGGGGGCAAGAAGUGGGAGGCCUCUGGCCUGAGUGGAAGCAUAGCCAUGCGCUGCUCCACGCUGCUGGCCAUCUUGACGGCCGUGCUGCUCUACCUGGUGAUGGGGGCACUGGUGUUCAACACACUGGAGGCCCCAUUUGAGGAAGACAAAUACAACACUCUGCUCCAUAGUCUGCAGGAGUCCAGCGUUGAAUUCUUGUACAGUUACACCUGCGUGAGCCCUGACAAUCUACAGGAAUUCCUAAGGAACAUUACAGAAGCCAUUCAGGGAGGGGUUGAUCCCACAAACAACAACAACAACAGCACAUUCAGCAGCAGCUGGGACCUGGCCAGCGCUUUCUUCUUCUCCGGCACCAUCAUCACUACCAUCGGUUACGGGAACAUCUCUCCACAGACAGAUUGGGGCAAGCUGUUCUGUAUCUGCUAUGCCCUGGUGGGAAUCCCCUUGUUUGGGUUCCUGCUUGCCGGGGUAGGCGACCAUCUGGGCACUGGGCUAAGGAAGGCUGUGGCUAAGAUAGAGAUGCUGUUCCUGAAGUGGAAAGUGAGCCCCACUAUUGUGCGUGUCAUCUCUGCUGUGCUUUCCAUCCUGCUGGGCUUAGUGCUCUUUGUCUUUGUGCCAAUACUGGUCUUCCAGGAGGUGGAGAAGUGGACCCUGCUACAAUCUGCCUACUUUGUGGUCAUCACCCUCACUACUGUGGGUUUUGGGGAUUAUGUUGCAGGUGACAGUGGGGCUGAGGGGACAGACCACUGGUACAAACCCUUGGUGUGGUUCUGGAUCUUACUUGGCUUGGCUUACUUCGCCUCCGUCCUCACCAUGAUUGGCAACUGGCUACGGGUCCUGUCUAAAAAGACACGUGCUGAGAUGGAAGAGCUGAGAGCACAUGCCACUGACUGGACCCAGAACAUCCAGAACAUGUCUGUGGACUUCCGCAUCCCUGGCAAACUGGACGAAUCCUUCAAACGUCGCCGGCGGAAGCGUCGUCGUGGCCCCCGCAGCCAUGGAGCUAGCCACAGCACCUCAGGCAUGGCCCCCGGAGAGGGUGGAAAAAGGGAAAACGGACAGUUGGACAGGGAAUCUGGAUCUCGAUCCUCCGUCUCAUACUCUACGUCAUCCAAUGAGUCAGACUCUGAGGAAUCUGAGACAGGGUCAGAGUCGACCCAGUCAGAAAGGGAGCCAGAAAAAGGGAAUGGGGAAGUUGGUCCACUCCCUAAAAUGCCUACAGACGCUACACUCUCCCAACCUUUGGAUUACUUUGGAGAAAAUCUAGCCUAUAUUGAUGAGUCUUCAGAUGCCAUCAGUACAAAGCUUCACCUGGAUCCACUGCUGGAUAUGCCCGAACCCAAGUCUGCCACACAGCACAAGGCCAAGAGGAGACGUCCCAGAAGACUGGCAGCAAAGAAAACACCCAAAACUAGCCCCACCAAGCUGGAGCACAAGGAGCCCAAUGGAGAUAUUCUGCCCCCUAAUCACACUCCACCUCCUCCACCAAAGCCUUAACCUGGAGGCCUAUGUGCUCCCUCAGAAGUGCAUUACCAUGGCUGUAAAGGCACCACUGAUUUAAGACUAAACUUGCAGUGCAGUUAAUGGCAGACGUUUUUGUGCCUGAUUUAUCAGAAAAAGAAAGAAGCGAAAGCUUUAGACUUUUUGCGAAAGCCAGACUUUUUUUAAGAAUGCAAGCACUAGAUGGCAGUUCACUGACUAGCCACUCAUUGGCAUAUAGACUUCAAAGCUAAGCUCUUAGCUCCAUCUGCUGGAUAUUCUUGGAGCUGGAGAGAGAUUAUCAGUGUGAUUAAGUACAGCACAUACAGCUGCUGACAUGGAUGGCCUUCAAUCCAUCUGCUUUUAUCUUCCUUAUAGUGUUUUUGCAAUUAAAUCAACCUGACUGUGCCACAUAGACUUACACAAUGCUAUCUCUUAGACAUAAUGUGACUGUUCUUGAAUGGCUGUGCUUUAUUUUCCCUACACAGAUAUCUCUCUCAAGUGGUUCUUAAUAGGACACUGAACAAGAUAACUAGAUAGAAGGGGUUAUAUUUUGGAGCUCACAUCAUAAACAGAAUGUAAAGGUGGGUGUAAAAAGAGAGAGAUAGAGUGAGUGAAUUAGUGUCUGAGUGGGCAUGCAUAUGAUUUAUGGUUGUUUGCUUAUGGGCAUAUUUCCCUGAACCAAUUCCCAUUAAGCAAUGGUUUCCAGUCAUCGUCCUGGAGUACCUCUGCAUAUUUUGUUGGUUUUUAGGAAACACUGUCAUAAAUCAUUUUAAAGGAUAAUUCAGCGAUUGUCAACCUAAUCUUUGACACAUCUGUGGCAUAGUUCUUGUACUAAGUGAGGGCAAACACAUUGAAAUUAUUGCCUUUGUUUACCAGUUUUGGUGUAGUUAUUCAAACUGUGUAUCUGGGACUACAGUUUCGUACUUCAGGAAAAAGGUAGUAUUAUCUCCGAUUACUUCUCAGUUCCCUAAAAACAUUUAAAUCUGUAAGUACUGUACAAGGAAUAACAAUCAAUGGUCCUUACAGAACUUUAUUUAAGAAAAAAAAUUGCCACAGUGAACCUUUUAUAGGCAUGCCACUACUUUGCUUCUGCUAUGAACAAGACAUAGCCAGUUACAUUUAGUUAAAAUUUUGAACUAGACUAAUACUCUAAAACUUGUGUCAAACACAAGGCCCCUAAAAUGACUUAAUUUUCUAUUUUUAUUGGUCUAUUUCCCGUUGAAUAAAAAAUCACUGUAUUUUUAGUUUUGGAUUGUGUUUUUUAAAAGUGGCAUUACUGUGGAUUUUUUUUGUCCAUUCAAACUUAUCAUGAUAAAAUUCAAACUUAUCAUGAUUAAACCUAAAUAUCACGAUACAUAUUGUGUAUUGUGAAAAUGUCUUCAGCUACAGUGAUAUUGUACUCUUGCCACAUUGCUCAUUCAUACGUGAAUUCAAGAAAAUAAGAAUAUAUUUUUAGAGGCAUCCACUCUUUUCCUCCUCUGUCAU